AUGAAAGAUACAAAAACAGUAUUACCAACGAAUAAUACUGGUGGAAAUGGAGAAAAUAGAAACGGUUUUCAUCAUAAGAGCAAAACGCAAGAGAAUGGAAAUGAUGAAUCAACAACCAGCACUACAGUUCCAAAUGGCUUAGAUAGUGAAGAGCUUGUCGGUGGUUGUUGCGUGUGUUCGGAUGAUCAAGGUUUUCCAAAUAAUGCUCUUGUUUAUUGUGAUGGAAAAGAUUGUACAGUUGCGUGUCAUACUGCAUGUUAUGGUAUUGUAUCAAUACCAGAUGGUGAUUGGUAUUGCGGUCGAUGUGAAGCGGGUGAUAUUCGAGCGCCAUGUCGUCUUUGUCCAACAAUCGAAGGUGCAAUGAAACGAACAUCCGAUGCCGGUUGGGCACAUGUUGUGUGUGCACUGUAUAUUCCAGAGGUAUCAUUUGGUGAUGAUACAACAAUGGAACCGAUUAUUCUAUCGAAAAUUCCUUCGACACGUUUUGGACAAGAAUGUUCAAUUUGUAUUCAAAACGGACGCUCAAAAUUAAUUGCAACGAGUGGUGCAUGUUGUGCAUGUACAGUUAAAAACUGUUCACAAGUCUUUCAUGUCACAUGUGCACAAGCGAAUGGUUUACUAUGUGAAGACGUGCGAAAAAACAAUUGUCAAUAUCCGAUCUACUGUGAACAACAUCGACCGAAAUUUUCGAAAUUCAUUCGUCAAAUAGCACCUUUUCAAUACUCACCACAUGCAAUACCAUCCAAUGAACAAAUGAAAAAACAAUUACGCUCGAAGGAAAAAGAAAAUCCAUCACAAUUAUCGGAUUUCAUUGCGGCGGCUGCAGCAGAGGCUGAAACGAAUAUGCCAGCAUUGUCCUUAGAUGAUUCAAAUAAUCAAACAAACUCAAGUGAUGAACAGCCAACGCCCGUUCCACGCACUUUCCAUGGUAUUGAUACUUUACAACGAAAAUCUUCCUCGAAUACGAAUUCAUCUGUAUCAUCCACAUCAUCGUCGACAGUUUCGCCACUUGCUCAACAGACGAAUCAUUCACGUUCUUCGUCAUCAUCAUCAUCAUCGACUAAUUCAUCCGUACAGAAGAAAGCGAAAAUGAAUGAUGAGAUGAAUAAUAAUAACCAAUCGCUUAGUAAUCUUUCACAAUUUGUACAAUUGAACAAAGAAGAACGAAUUUUUGUGCCACCACCACCGCCACCUCCAUCAACCAAUGAAGCGGAUACAAAAGAAGGAACCGCAGUGAUAACAAAACCGGGUUCCUCAACCAUCGAAUCAAAAGAAACUACACUUGUUGGUACGAAAUCGAACUGUGAUCAACAAACAACAUUGAAUUCGAUCGAAGAGAAAUCGCUAGCCUCUCGAUGCACAAUAUCAUCUUCCAGUGACAUCAACAGUAAAUCUUCUAUGAAACAACGCCCGUCAACCGAUGGUUCAUCAUCGCCAACAAAGUCUAAUCCAAUCAAGAAACCGUCCUUGACGAAAACAAAAGACGCAGACGCCGAUGAAGAUUACGAGAUAAGUAAAAAACGUAAACUAUCCAUCAAAUUAAACAAAGAUGGACAACCACGAAAGAAACGUCAACAUUCGGUUGAGGGUGCUUCGAGACCUGUUGGCCGACCACCGUCGUCGAAGAAAACUUCAUCGGCUGAACAAGUCACUAACGGUAUCAAACGUCCAUUGUCAAAACCAUCUUCAACUACGAAUACCAGUAACAUGAAGCAACAAAAGGUUAAUGAUACUCUGAUAAAUGUUCACAAAAAAUCAACUGACAAUGAAAAUGAAACUGAGAUGAAGACGAACCCUCGUUCCACACAUUAUUAUCCAUGUGAUCAUUUUGGAAAUCAAAUCAAUUCUGAUGCUUUUAAACAACAAGGCCAUUCGGCUGAUCAGGUACAACCAAUCGAUAAAAACGAAGAUUUAUCCUGUCAACGUGUUUCAUCUUCUUCAACAACAACAGCAGCUGCACGUAUUGAUUUCUAUCCUCGACGACCAUUACAAGCUGCCCUAGCUCAAUCUUCUGCAACUGAACAACAACAGCAAAGAACGUUUCCACCACAAACAUUAGAAGAAUUUCUUGAACAAGAAUGGGAAUCGUCAAGUGACUUUCUACUUCAACAAACUAUGCCACAUGAUGUUUCAUCGUUACUAUCAUGUUUAUAUCAAUUCAAAUCUGAGAAUGCUGCUUUGCAAAAGAAAUUCGAUGAACUCAAGCAUCGUCGUGAUUCACUUCGAGUAACAAAUACCAAUUUACGCCGAAGACUUUCAGAAAUCUUACCAGUUACCGAAACAGCUCCUCCUCCUCCUCCAACAGUCGCAUCGGCGGCAACAACUGUCACUCAAAUAUCACCUACAUUGCUAUUACCACCACCAGCACUGACAGCAGCAUCACUUCUUCCUCCAGCUCCUUCAAAUCUGUCUACUUUAUCAUUACCAACAGCUGCAUUACCUGUUGUUCCUCCGAGUCCACGUAAAGAACAACAGCACCUCAAACAACAAAAACUCUUAGCAGAAUUAGAGCUUCAACAGCAAUUGCAGCAUCAAAAAGCAAUAUCACCUACACGAAGACGUCUAUCAACAAACACACCAAACCAAUCUAUAGAUUCAACUCCAUCAACAAUUCGAAAAAAUAAAUCUCCGCGUCAUCCAAAUGCGUCGACACAUCAAUCCAUUCUCGAAAAUCAACUUCGACAAUCAGCAAAUUCUAAUCCAAAUUCAACUAAAAAAUCUAGUACAACAACAACAAUUCCAAGUGCCAAAAAGCUUCCGUCAACAGAAAUGGAACUUGUGACGCAUCAUCCACCAACGUCAACACAUUCGACUGUACUUUCAACUACUGCACCAUCAACUUCAACGUACGAAUCAAAUGAUGUAGCUGCAACAGCUGCAGCGGCAUAUACAUUAGCAAAAAAUGGUCGAGCACCAACGAAUGCAGGCCUUAGUCUAGAACUUCUUACACAUAUACUUGCUGCAAGUGGUAAUGGAAUUGGUCCUCAAUUAUUUGCUCCGACAUGGAAUAUCUCUAAUUUUGGUUUUGCCAACUUUCCUGGAGCUAAUCCCUUGUCUGUUUCAGACGAGUCCAUAUUACGUUCUUAUGCACCAUCGACACAUUCAUCACUUGAACAACAGCCUCAAUCACAGUCAUCGACGAAACCACAACCAUGA